GUCAGGCAGCAGCAGCAGCAGCACCACCGCCGCCACCGCUAAAACCCAACAAAAUGUCCCGGCUAACUCCACCAUGCACUCCCUCCCCCACCUUCGCCACCACCAGGAGUGUUAGCUUAAUACGGUCCAUAAAUUCUUUCUGGGCUAAGUGCACGAGACAAGCUAGCAAAGCUACAAAGAAAUUUGCUACAAAUUCACCAAAGUCGCCUUUGGCCAAGCCAAAGCAACUUUUGGUGACCCUUAGCAAUAAGGCUAUCAACUUUAAGCACAAGAAAAAGGUGGAUGAAGAAUUUGAAGGUGAAAUUGAUUUUGGAGACGGAGGCCUGUGGCAGAGGAACAUCUUGAUGGGUGAUAAGUGUCAGCCGUUGGAUUUCUCCGGUGUGAUUUAUUAUGAUAGCAACGGGAAAAAGCUUUCGGAGCUUCCCAUGAAGUCACCUCGUGCCAGUCCUCUGCCUAGCUAUCUGCAGAAGUAAUAGAAGAAGAAUCUCCUGUUUGUGAUGCUAUUACUUGUUUACCUGAGUUUUAGCGUACAAGUGGCUACAUAUGUGA